UGGUUGAACCUAGAAUCUUGUUUAUAAACUCUCUUUCUGUGGGUCUGUUUGCUCGGUUUUUAUUUAACAGUUGUAAGUUCUGUAUUCUGUGAUUAAUUCUUAUUGUUUUUAUUGUUUUUAUUAUUAUUCCACCAUUAACGACUUAUUGUUAUUUCAACAAUGUCCAACAUUUGUAUGAAAAGGCUGUUAUUUACUGGACGGCAUGACUCUGUGAACCUCAUUUACCAAUUAUCAGGACGAAGGAUGUCGUCUAGCUCCUCUGCUGCCUCAUCAAGUGAUGACGAAGUUAUCCUUAAUCGUGAAGGAAACAAGGGAAUCAUUAUUUUGAAUAGACCUAAAAAAUUGAAUGCUCUAAAUAUCUCAAUGGUUCGUAAAAUAUAUCCGCAAUUAAGAAAAUGGGAAAUGGACAAUUCAAUGAAGAUGGUCAUAAUCAAGGGAACUGGAGAAAAAGCUUUCUGUGCUGGUGGUGAUAUUAAAGAGAUUGCUCAAGCUGGUCAUGGAUCACCACUUGGAUUAGAAUUUUUCCGGGAAGAAUACCGCCUAAAUAAUCAAAUAGGUUCCAUGGCUAUUCCUUAUGUGGCACUAUUGAAUGGAAUCGUGAUGGGUGGCGGUGUUGGUUUAUCUGUACACGGAGCUUAUCGAGUUGCCACUGAAAAAGCAGUUUUUGCUAUGCCUGAAACAGCAAUUGGUUUUUUCCCUGAUGUUGGUGGAUCUCAUUUCUUGCCUCGUUUGCCUGGUAAACUUGGUCUUUUUCUCGCACUAACAGGCGGGCGUUUGCACGGUAGAGACCUUUUUAAAGCAGGGAUUGCCACUCAUUUUGUAUGUUCUGAUCGAUUAGAAGAAUUGGAAAGUGAUUUGCUCAGGAUGAAAGAUCCAGAUUUAAAAGGAAUUGAUUCUCUACUGACAAGGUAUCAGGAGCAAUGGGAAGCUGAUUAUAAAAAAGAGUUCUCUCUUAAACAGUACAUAGGAAGAAUCAAUUCAGCUUUUGGAGCCGCUGAAUCUGUUGAGCAAAUCAUGGAAAAUUUGUCGAAAGAUUCUUCCGAUUGGAGUAAACAGCAACUUGAAAUAUUGAAAUCUGCCUCACCAACAAGUCUGAAAGUCACCUUUAAAGCGCUACAGCAAGGCUCAAUGAUGUCCCUUCCUGACUGUCUUAAAAUGGAGUAUCGUAUCGCACAUCAAAUGAUGCACAUACCGGACUUUUUCGAAGGAGUCAGAGCUGCUCUGAUUGAUAAAGAUAAGAACCCCAAAUGGAAACCAGAUAGGCUUGAAGAUGUCACAGAGGAACAAGUUAACGCUUAUUUCAGUCCAUCAGAUCCUCAAUUUAAAGAGUUACAAUUGUAGUUUAUGAUGGACCAUGUUAACGCUUUAAAACUUUACUAAACUACAUAACAUUUGAAACAGAAUAAAAUAUAUUAUCAAUGUUGGAUUCACGGUUAAAAGUACAUGACAGUUCAAUAUACGAAGGAAAUAAGCGGAAAAGGACUAAGGAGAGGUAAUUCGUCAUGAAGAGGACAAAGUAAACGACAUCAGAUGCAAUUCAAAUUCGGACAGGAAAAACAAAUCAAAAAGAGAUUAGUUGUGAUUUAUGAAGCAAUUUUUUUUCCUUCUCAUGUUCUACAGAAAUCUAUAUAUUUCUUUUGUUGGUUACAUUUCCUCUUCUUAAUCUACACCUUCAAUCCUACCUUAAAAAUUAUUGAAAAAGUAAAAAAUCAACAAGAAAAUGCCAAAAUAAAAAGAGUAUGUAUACAAUAAUAAUGUAUAUAAUGUUGUUUACAUUAACCAAAAGAAGCGUCCUAAGCAAAGAGUUAUACUCUUUGUACCUGAGAGAGUUCCAUCUUCAUAUUCAAUUUAACCUUAAAGCUGAUGUAACCCAUUAACUUUGAAUUUUGUUUAUUGAUAAAUUAGUUAUAAUAAUCAAUUGAGACUAUGUAAGAAUAUUUAAUGAAAAAUUAUCUUCUAAUUCUUUGCUUUGAGAAAAAGCAACAGAAUUGAAAAACUUAUUGUUUGAUCCAUUAACGUUCUGUAAAUGAGAGUAUCAUUAAAGAUUUGAUUUAGAAAGUGA